AUGGAAGGUUUUGAAAAUUGUAUUUGGUUUGGCUCCAUACCUACUUUAUGUAAUGCACGCGCACUCCUUGGUGUAGCACUUCUAGUAACUACAUCGUAUAGUCUCAGUGACGAUGUUAUUGACACCACUGACACCACUACGGAUACCACCACACCACCAGAUACUGUAGCGCCGGCAGAGAAUCUCACAGCUGUGCAACUGCAACCGCUCUUGAAGCUCAGCUGGCCUUUAGAAGGUAGUCCACCACCGAAAUGGCCGUUUGAACCACCGUCUCCAGACGCCAUUAGCUCAGCGGUGAAGCAUGGCGAGGCUGCAUUAAAAAAACGCCAAGAAUUGGAGAGACUAAGAACACCCUUGUCUAUAGACACACCAGCUAUAAAAGCUCAAAGAGCUGCAGCUACGUCAGCAUCUGUGAAACCAAUGGCCGACACUGCUUAUGCUGUUGAAGAAGCCACAAAAGCACUGUUUAAUGGCACAGACAACUCAAAGCAAACUGGAGGAACGUUCCAGGGUCCACCGACGAACGGAUCUUUCCUGGAACCUCGUUAUUGCCAGACUACACUGCCUCCGUGCCCAAAUUCCAAGUACAGAACUCAAGAUGGCAGUUGCAAUAAUCUCGAGCAUCCUUACCGCUGGGGAGUUUCCAGGACUCCUUUUAGGAGGGCACUCCCGCCAGAUUAUGGCGAUGGAAUCAGUUCACCACGUACCGGUACAAAUGGCACGAGCUUGCCGAGCGCUCGUGAUGUCAGCGUGACAGUGCACCGUCCAAGCUACCCGCACGACACCUCCUUCACCGUCAUGUUAGCCGUAUGGGGACAAUUCAUUGACCAUGACAUCACCGCCACGGCUUUAAGUAAAGGUGAAAACAGCAGCGCGCUAUCAUGCUGCGAUCCAACCUUGCCUCCGCACCCCGAAUGCUUUCCCGUACAAUUGGACACCGAAGAUCCAUUCUAUCAGGAGUACAAUCUUACUUGUAUGGAAUUUGUGCGAUCUGCACCUUGCCCGACGUGUUAUUUUGGUCCUCGGGAGCAAAUGAACCAGGCCACUGCGUUUAUUGACGGCUCCACUGUAUACGGAUAUACAGAAGAACGAGCGACGAGCCUCCGUCAGCUAUCGACUGGUCGUCUACGAAUGUUGCGGGAUGGACUGCGUGAGCUGCUGCCACCCGCAGAGGACCCCGCUGACCCCUGCAACACCGUGGAAAUGAAUGCUCAAGGACGAUACUGCUUCGAGACGGGUCGGUGA